UGGGGUUGGACAACUCAGUUGUCCUUAUUCAUAAGCUAUGCUAAAGCGAUCGAACUUCUUAUUAUAUGCUACUUUUAUCUGGAUGUUGCAUCGAAAAUGAUGCAUUGGAGCUCUGUAGCAGGAAGGAGAUUAUGCUUUUCGGCGCUAUUUCUUAUGUUUACUUAUUUCACAAUGUUUUUGGUUGUUGGUCUCGUAUUCUCGAUAGAGCCUUGGAGAGAUUGUCAUGCUCCAUAUUGGUUAUGGUUCUCCACUGGAGAAUUUGUUAUGGUACAACUUAUGGUUGGAUCAUUUUUCCUGAUUCUACAUCGUAUGAACAGAAUAUCUGCCGCGCCUAAUAUACGCGAUAGUCAGCGGCGCCAGUUAUUCAGUCUGUUUUGGACAUUUGAGACGUCCGCAUUAGCAGAUCUAGGCUAUCAUCUGAGUUUAUUCUACCUUGCUGACAAUCUAAAAGGUUGCAGUGGUGUUUUUAAGCACGAUCAACUUCGCUAUUCUUUGCUGAAGUUUCCUUAUGACAUUGUCUCUUUCCUCAUGCCAGUAUGGGCGAUACUUUAUGUCUUCCGUGCCACGAGAAAGCCCAACAUUUACAACAGUGAUUCUACGGAAGUGAGUUCACUUUCCAUCUGAUU